AUGUCCUCAUCUUCUAUAGAAAGAGUGCCCAAACGACUCCCACAGUUUCCCCGCCAUCAGGGAUCCACCAGUAAGAAGCCGCACCCCGUCGCCGGGCAGGGCCGCAGGAGAGGAAGGAGGAGGCCCCGGCCUCUAGAAGGGGCGAACCGGCCCAGCCCCGGAAACAGGGAGGGGCCGCGGCGAAGCAAGGCCGCUCGGCAGGCUGCCGCAAGAAACCGAGGAAGCCCCGAGCCGCUCUCCGCGAGGCCCACCCGCGGGGCCGCGGCCGCCGCUGCCGCCAGAGGUGAGCCUCGGGCUAGGGCCCCCGGGGGCCCAAGGCGGGCCCCGCGUCGCACUCACCGUGGAAGGCUGCAGGAGGCAAAGGCGCUUCCGAACGAAGCUCCGAGGACUAUGGCCGCUUCCUUCCCAAGCCCGCUCCUCAGGCAGCGCGGCGGCGGCGGCGGCUGCAGGGUCGGCGGCGCCAGCUACCCAGUCCUGGGAAUCGGCGGCGGCGGCGGCGGCGGCAGUGGCGGCAGCUCCACUUCCGCUCCGGUCACCACUUCCGCUUCAGCCCAAGCCUCGCCCCGCCCCUGCGCCGUUUCCUCAUUGGACAAGAGGGACACGGGGCUGCCCCGGCAGCUGGAGAGGGGCGCUGUGGAAGGAGAAGAAAUUAGAGACUAAAGAGGCCAUGUGAAGCACCAGGAUUUGAACCCUCAAGGUCUUUUUUAAAAGCCUGUGUAAACACCGAGGACUGACAAUUUAGUAGGCUGAGUCCUGGAUAUUGGGGCUUGCCCUUAUGAAGCUUGUUACUGCAAAGGAAAGGAUAAGACUACUUAUAAUUGUGCCUAAGAGUCUCUCCCAGAGAACC